UAUAACGCAUGCCCAUGCUGAAGUGUUUUCAUUGUUUUGUUAACUUCUGGUCAGGAUGAACGGACUUGCAUGGAUUUCCUUCGUUCUUUCAAUGACCACCCUCAUUUGUCAACUAUUCAUUGGAAAAAUGUCGCAAGGCUCCCCUUCAGUUCGUUCAUUUCAGCGUGAACCAGAAAGUUAUUUAAACUCAACAAACAAAACGGCUUUUUUAGUUGAUAAAUUAAGCCAAUGUUUGUUAAAAUCUUUAAAAACAAAACCAGCAAGAUCGUUUAACUUGGCAAUUGAACGUAACGCAGAUGGAAAGUAUCUCUGUGAGGUUUUAUUCUCGGACAGGUUCCUUGAAAGGGAGAAGUAUGUACCAAGCAAGACGUUCGACCACUACGAAACCCCGAGCGAAUGCUUUAAAAAACCAUGUCAACAUGGAGGGAUAUGCAAGGCUCUUUUUGAAAAGAACGACUACGAGUGCAUUUGUCUGCAGGGACAUACCGGCAAGCGCUGCGAGAAAGAAAUCAAUAAGUGUGAGAGUAGUCCGUGUAAAAAUGGAGGAAACUGCACUGAUCAAGUCAACAAUUAUAUAUGCACCUGUCAGCCAGGAUAUACAGGGAGAAACUGCGAAAAAGACAUUCCUGAGAUGUUGAAGCAAGGGGAAUUAAAUGUAUGCGAUCGUAGGGACAGGUUAGUGUCAGAGGCGGAUCAAAGGGUUGGCCGAGCUGGCUUCGCUCCCCCCCUUAUUUUAAUAUAUAUUGGUUGAAAUUAUCAAAGCAUUGAAAGAUAUC